AUGCUUCUUCCGUUGUUGAAUUUAACAGCAGGAAGUCCCUUCUGUUCAGCUUCUGCAGCUUUCUUUGGCAUGAUGGGCUGUGCAUGUGCGUUGAUCUUUUCAAACUUGGGCAGUGCUUAUGGCUGUGCCAAGUCUGGAGUAGGAUUGGCCCAUCUCGGUAUCAUGAAUCCCAAGCUAGUCAUCAAGGGUUCAAUUGCAGUCAUUAUGUCUGGAAUUUUGGGAAUUUAUGGAUUGAUAUCCUCUAUUAUUUUGGCAUCCAGAGUGGUCACAAAAGAUGGAUACAGCAGCCAUUCUGGUUACACUCAUUUGGCUUCUGGUUUGGCAUGUGGUUUGAGUUGUCUUGCUGCUGGAUUGGCUAUUGGUGUUGUCGGUGAUGCUGGAAUUCGUGCUUAUGGUAAACAACAACGUUUAUUCGUUGGUGUGGUGUUGGUAUUGAUCUUUGGAGAAGUUUUAGGAAUUUAUGGUUUGAUUGUUUCUCUUGUAACCAGUAUGUUGGAUCUUGGCCCACAAUGUGAACCACCAAAAUAG